AGUUGUCUUGUGUUUUGUCUCGGGAGUGAUGGCUGCCACCAAGGGCUCCACUAUUACUCCGAGGAGCGGGAAGAAGAGUGGCCUACUGCGUCUUCUCUUGGCGGCUAUCGGCACCUACGCCGUGGUCAGUGUUGUGACAAUGAGCGCCGAUUUAGCAUUCUCUAUUGGGAGCGGUCGACAGACCUCGAGUGCCAAGUUCUUGUCGAGCCAACGUUCGGCAUCACCAUCACGAGCAGUAUUCCGUAGCUGUCGUCCGAGCGCCCUCGGCGUUACUCCUGGCGCCAACCCUGUGCCCUCGCUGCUCGGUCAUCGGAGAGUCGGUGCAGGGUACAAAAUAACGAUGCAAACUCCCGAUGGUGACAAGGUGUUCGAUUGCGAUGAAGACACGUACAUCCUCGAUGCCGCUGAAGAUGCAGGGAUCUUCGACCUCCCCUACAGCUGUCGGGCGGGAGCAUGUGCGGCCUGCGCUGGACAGGUCCUGGAGGGCUCUGUGGACCAAGAGGACCAGGCCUUCUUGGAACAAGGCCAGAUGGAUAAGGGGUACUGCCUUACUUGCGUGGCCUAUCCUCAAAGUGACGUGACGAUCCGCAGUAACUGUGAGAGCGAGGUGGCUUAGAGGUGGCUCGACUGGACCUGUACCUUUUCACCGAAGAUAGAAGUGUCU